UUUCUUUCAGUCCCCUUCGUUGAUUGUCUGCUACCGCUAGUCUCUCUCAAUUUCUGGGUUCCUUCUAGGGAGAGAAAGAAUUGGUGCCGACAAAGCUUCCCCUUCUAUUCCCAGAAAAAUCAAUCACUCGUCUUUUAAUUCGUUUCUUUUCUCCGGAUUUCUCGGCGUCUGAUUCUCCAUUUCCUUCGAUUUCGCUCUCUUUAGAUUCCUUGGUUUCCCCCCUUUUUCGUUUUUCUCGGAAAGCUUUUCUGAGGCAAAGUUCUAGGCUAUGAGUUCGAAUACGGCGUCGUCCAGCGCGGGGGCCGCCGGAUCGGCUGAUUCCUCCACCGCCCGGAGGAAUUCUAAGCGACCCAAGUAUUCAAGGUUUACACAGCAGGAGCUUCCAGCUUGCAAGCCAAUUCUUACGCCCUGUUGGGUGAUUUCGACAUUUUUGAUCGUCAGUGUUAUCUUCAUUCCCCUUGGAGUUAUUUCUCUUUUCGCUUCCCAGGAUGUCAUUGAGAUUGUUGAUAGGUACGACAACGAUUGCAUUCCAGCACCUGCUAGAGCUAACAAGGUUGCAUACAUACAAGGACCGGGAGAUAAAACUUGUAACCGAACACUAAGAGUGAUGAAACGUAUGAAGCAGCCUGUCUAUGUUUAUUACCAGCUUGAAAACUUCUACCAGAAUCAUCGAAGGUACGUGAAAAGCAGAAGUGAUUCACAGUUGAGAAGUCCAAAGUAUGAGAAUAAGGUAGAUUCAUGCAAGCCUGAGGAUGAGAAUGGGGGGCAGCCGAUUGUGCCGUGUGGUCUAAUUGCUUGGAGUCUCUUCAAUGACACGUAUGUUUUGUCAAGGAACAACCGAAGUAUAGCUGUAAACAAGAAAGGUAUUGCAUGGAAGAGUGAUAGGGAGCACAAGUUUGGGGAAAAGGUAUUCCCGAAGAAUUUUCAGAAGGGGAAUCUGACGGGAGGUGCAAGCCUUGAUCCAAACAUACCGUUGAGCGAGCAAGAGGACCUGAUAGUGUGGAUGAGAACUGCAGCACUGCCGACGUUUAGGAAGCUGUAUGGGAAGAUAGAGACGGACCUGGAGGCAGGUGAGACCAUUCAUGUCACGCUGCAAAACUAUUACAACACCUACAGCUUCAAUGGGCAGAAGAAGCUUGUUUUGUCUACCACCAGCUGGUUGGGUGGGAAGAACGAUUUCCUGGGCAUUGCUUACUUGACUGUCGGUGGCAUCUGCUUCUUCUUGGCCAUCUCUUUCACUGUCAUGUAUCUCGUUAAGCCCAGGCGACUGGGAGAUCCAUCCUACUUGUCGUGGAACAGGAAUCCUGGCGGUCGGUAGCAUUUUUAUAAUAAUGUAGAAAGGCAAACUGAUUAUAUGUCCCACCGCAGUGUAUGUGUCUCCUCUAGGGAAUAGUUAAACAUUAGAUAUCUACGAAACUGGCUGUAUCUUUCUCGGUUACUCCUGUUUUUUUUUGUUAA